AUGCGAGCGCCGCCGCCGCCGACGAACGAUCGGGACGAUUACUUGGCGGGGAUGGAUUUGCCGUCGAGCGAUAGCGAUAGCGGAAGCGAAAAGGAGGUCGCACGCGAGGAGAAGGUGACCGCGCUUCCGUCGGGACCGACGGAUAAACAAAUCAAGCGACAGAGACAGAAAGAGAUUGAAGCGGCGCGUAAAGAGGCGCAGGCUAAAGCGGAGGCGAUGAUGGAGGAUGAUGACGCGUUCAACGUGCGAAUUCCGAACAUGUCGGACGAAAUGAUGGCGGCGAUGGCGAAUAGUAGGGAUAUUAAGAUCGACGGGUUCUCCGUGAGCGCCCGAGGGAAGCCUUUGUUGACCAACACCUCGUUGACGAUCGCACACGGGCGGAGAUACGGUUUGGUGGGUCCUAACGGUACCGGUAAAACCACCGUGAUGAAAUUGCUCGCGAGGCGCAAAAUUCCCGUCCCAGAGCACAUCGACAUUUUGCUCGUCGAACAAGAAGUUGUCGGUGAUGAUCGCUCGGCGUUGCAAUCUGUCGUCGCGGCCGACGUCGAGUUGCAAGAUUUACGCAAGAAGAAGGUUGAGCUCGAAGACUUGAUGGAGAAGCUCGCCAUCGGCGACUCGAGCGUGACGGAGCCCGUGUUCAAAAACGAAGAGACGGGCGAAGAGAACGAUUUGAACGCUGAGCUCAACAAAACGUACGAACGAUUGAAUGAGAAGGGAGACGCCACCGCAGAAGCGCGCGCGUCGAAGAUUCUUCACGGUUUGGGUUUUACGGUGCCGAAGAAGGAUGGUUCGCAAGGGCCGGAUCGUUUCUCCAUGCACAACACUACGAAAAGCUUUUCUGGUGGUUGGCGUAUGCGCAUCUCCCUCGCCCGCGCGCUGUUCAUCGAGCCCACGUGUUUGUUGCUCGAUGAGCCGACCAACCACUUGGAUUUACGAGCUGUUAUUUGGCUUGAAGAGUAUUUGAUGCGCUGGAAGAAGACGCUCGUCGUCGUAUCGCACGAUCGCGACUUCUUGUCCUCCGUCACGACGGAUAUCGUGCACUUGCACGACCACAAGCUCGACCAAUACAAGGGCUCAUUCGAUCAAUUCGAAGAGAUGUACGAGAUUCGUCGUCGCGAGGCUAAUAAGGCUUUCGAAAAGUACGAAAAGGAGAUGAAGGCGGCGAAGAAGGCGUCGAGCAAAUCGAAGCAGCAAGAUGUCAAGGACAAGGCGAAGAAGGCCCAAGAGCGCAAACAAGGGAAUAAAAAGAAUAAGGGUAUGAUGAUGGACGACGACGACGACGCGCCGUCACAAUUACCUGAGAAAUGGGCCGAUUACCAAGUCAAAUUUAGCUUCCCGACGCCGACUGAGUUGCCUCCGCCACUCAUUGGCCUGAACGAGUGUUCGUUCGAGUAUCCCGGACUCAAAGGCUUUUCGUUGGACAAAAUCGACCUUGGUAUCGAUAUGGGUACGCGAGUGGCUAUCAUUGGCCCGAAUGGUGCGGGUAAGUCUACGCUGAUGAAUCUCUUAGCCGGCGACUUGGAACCAACGAGCGGGGAAUCGCGCCGUUCGCACGCGCUGAGAAUCGGUCGCUACUCUCAGCACUUCGUCGACGUCUUAGCCAUGGACGAAAAUCCAGUGGAGUACUUGAGACGCAAGUACCUGAAAGAGAACGGCUCUUCGUACAAGCCCGAAGAAAUCCGCGCCAAGCUCGGUCGAUUCGGCUUGCCCGGGCACAACCACUUGACACCGAUCGUGAAACUUUCCGGUGGUCAAAAAGCUCGCGUCGUUUUCACAGCCAUCGGUCUAUCCAACCCUCACAUCUUGCUUCUGGAUGAGCCGACGAACCACUUGGACAUGCAGUCGAUCGAUGCCCUCGCGGAUGCCUUGGAAGAAUUCGAAGGCGGCGUCGUCAUGAUUACGCACGACGCGCACAUUUGCGAACAAGUGCUCGACGACGAGAAGAGCGAGAUUUGGGUCGUCGACGAAGGUCGUGUCGAUAAAUUCAACGGCGAUUUCGCGGAGUACCGCAAACAAUUAGUCGCUGAAAUCGCCGCCGAGCUCGACGACGAAAAUUAA